AUGAAAUUAGCCGUGAACAACCCGAGACUCGUCAGAACGUUUCAAAUCUUAGGGUCAAUUUUGAUGCUUGGUCUUGUUGUCCUGAUGGCUGUUUCCUUCAUGAGAGUGGAGAGCACAGUUGUUCCUAAUGGAGAAGAAGCAGUUGCCAAUAUUUACAAAGAGCUGGAGAAGGAAGGACUCUAUGGCACAAUAACUGAGGAGGACACCAAUAGAUUCAAUGACUCCUGCAGCUUUGAACUGGUGGAAAAUGUCCCUUAUGACUUACCCUUUGAGAUAAAUAGCACUGCAGCCAAACCCUUGUACCAAGCCUGGAUGAGACUGCUUGAUCUAGCCCAGGAAAAAAUUCAUGUGGCUUCUUACUAUUGGUCUCUUACUGGGAAGGAUAUCGGUGUCAAUGACUCAUCUUCCAAGCAGGGUGAAGAUAUCCUGAAGAGGUUUGGGAGGUUACUUGCAGACAAUGUCUCUCUGUAUGUUGCAGCAAGUGUGCCAACUUUGGCUACAAAUUCAACAGACCUGGAGCUUUUAGAGGAGAAAGGGGCUCAUGUGAGAAAGAUUGAUUUUGGCCACUUGACAGGAGGAGUGUUGCAUAGCAAAUUCUGGAUAGUAGACAUGAAACACAUCUAUAUUGGUAGUGCAAACAUGGACUGGAGAUCUUUAUCUCAGGUGAAAGAGUUUGGUGCUGUGAUAUACAACUGCAGUUGCUUGGCCAAAGACCUCUGGAAAACGUUUAGUACCUACUGGGACCUUGGACAUGCUAAUGCCACCAUCCCAUUCCCUUGGCCUCAGAAUUACUCUACGCACAUUAACAAGUACCAUCCUCUGGAAGUAGAAUUUAAUGGAAUCUUGACUAAAGCCUAUUUUUCUGCUUCUCCUCCAGCAUUUUGUCCAGCAGGUCGUACCCAGGACCUCUCUGCUAUCAUCAGUGUCAUCAGUCAGGCCCAGGAAUUUGUCUAUGUUUCUGUCAUGGAAUAUUUCCCUACCAGCCGCUUCAUCCAUCCAGAAAG